UCCGACGACUGAGACUAAUGGCCAGCCCUCGAUGAGCAGCACACCGGCGGCCUCUGCUCCAGAAUCCUCUCUGCCCACAGCUACUCCGACCAUGCAAUUGCCAAGAACUGAGACUAAUGGCCAGCCGAGAAUGAGCAACACACCAGUGAAUAAUCAAGACAUACAAGAUGCAGAUAAUGCUCCAAGAGUUGGGAAGUGCUUUCAGUCUGAAGAAGAGGCAUACCAAUUUUACAAUUCUUAUGCUCAAACCAAGAGAUUUAGCAUUAGGAAGUGCCACUUGAAGUUUAGAGCAGAUGGGACUUUAAGUUCCAGAUAUUUUGUUUGUAGCAAGGCAGGUGUGAAAAAUGCUAAUCCAACACAUGUGGCCAAGAAAGAACAAGCUAUUUCGAGGACUAAUUGUAUGGCUCGAGUUCAAUUCAGCAUCAAUCAAGAGGGAAUUUGGACUGCUCAGAAAGUUACGCUCGACCACAAUCACCAGCUUGUAAGUCCAGAUAAGAGGCACAUGCUUAGAUCGCAGCGUCAACUCUUAGAUGACGAUCGCCACAUGAUUAAGCAAAUGAGGACAUGGGAAUUAAACAAGCCGAAAUAUAUGAUUUUUGCGAGCUUUGGUAUGGUAAAAUGCUAUACCCUUCUUGCAAAUGGAUUGCAACAAUUAUUUGCGAAGUGAGCGCUCAAAGUAUUUGGAAACCAAAGAUGCACAAACAUUAAUGGAGUAUCUAAAGAACAAGCAAGCUGAGGACCCUUCGUUUUUCUAUGCCAUGCAGUUAGAUGAUGAUGAUGGUACAAUAAUGAACAUCUUUUGGACUGAUGGACAAGCUAUCAUGGACUAUUCUAUCUUUGGAGAUGCCCUUUCCUUUGACGCCACAUUUUCAACAAAUAAGUUUCAAAUGCCAUUUGCACCGUUUAUUGGUGUUAAUCAUCACAAGCAGACUAUUCUUUUUGAUGCAGCACUACUAUCUAAUGAAUCUGCAGAUACCUUUGAGUGGGUUUUUAGAACCUUUCUACAAGCUAUGUCUGGUAAGCAGCCUGAAACAAUAUUCACCGAUCAAUGUGCCGCCAUUAUAAAUGCUAUUGGAAGGGUUUUCCCAA